CGUACGAUGUCACAGGUUGUAGGUCAGGCGAUAUACAGCUAUGGGACAUACAGACCCGACGUAGCCCAGCCAUUUCCUUUUGAGAGCAUAAAUCUGUCUAUCAAGAUACUACCUCUCAAAAGAAUAGUAGAGAUAGAAGAAGAAACACUGUCCUCGACCUCUCUUGUAUGGCCAAAUUUCCAUAUGGGCGUCUGUGCAGGGCUUCGUAUAAAACCAGACUCUGAUAUAAACAAAACAUGGAUCAAACAGCUUGAUCCAGUGGAGACAGGUCCAGAACACGGUGGUUUAUUUCUUGCUUUGGGUUUGAAUGGUAGUCUUUCACAACUUACAAGUACUAGCUGGUAUGGAUAUAUUGCAGAAACGUCGGGUUUGGUGACAGCUGGCUUUCUUCUUGGAUUAGCGAUAGCAUACCGUGGCGGUGGAAAUAUUGCGGUAGUAAAAUUAUUAUCAAUGCAUAUACCUUCGCUUGUAAAGGAUGAUCUCCCUUACUCUUCGGAGCCUAUCAUAACCCGGGCAGUCUGCACAAUUGGACUUGGAUUAGUUCAUAUGGGAAGUAGGGACCGAAGAAUGGUUGCUGCCUUAAUGAAUGAGCUCGGUGUACAUGCACCUAACUCAAAUACAGUGAGCUCCAAAAAUUUAGACUGUGUUGGUCUAGCAGCAGGGUUUGCAAUUGGAUUUAUUACUCUUGGAAAACAAGGAACAAGUAUUGUGCUGCCUGAUAUGGACCUGGAAGACAAACUAUACCAGUUGAUGGAAGGUGAACCAUUAACAAACAGAAAUCGUACUCAGUCAGACAUCGGAGGCUUGUCUCAUUCAAACCUAGACGCAACUGGGCCGGGUGCAAUUAUGGCGCUUGCUCUUAUGUUUCUUAAGACCGGAGAUAAACGUGUAGCAAAAAGGAUAUAUGGACGUCAAUUAGAGUAUCAUAUAAAUUCUAUUCGUCCAGAUAUAUUACUUCUUCGAGUGCUGGCAAAGAAUCUAAUUCUAUGGGACGACAUCCGCCCAACCGAUAUAUGGCUUUAUCAGCAAUUACCAGAAUUUAUUCUACAUGAUUUCGAUGAGAAUAGGAAAGCUUCUUGGGAAGUUCAAGUCCGCAAACAAGCAAAAUAUCAUAUAGUUGGCGGAGGAUGCCUAGCAAUUGGGCUAAAAUACGCCGGGUCAAGAAAUACUAAUGCCUUUGAGUGUCUGUUGAAACAAUUGGAUAUAUUCAUUGAACUUUCAGAGAAAAUAGCUGUAGGAUUUCAAGAACGUAUUACAAAAUGUGCUAUAAGUACCUGUAUUAAUAUUAUUGCCACUGCAUCCGCUAUGGUUAUGGCCGGUACAGGAAAUCUUGAACUAUUUACAAGAUUAAGUAAACUACGAAACCUACCAGAAAAUAUCGAAAAUUAUGGAAAUCAGAUGGCGAUUCAUAUGGCUAUAGGGCUCUUGUAUGCUGGACUCGGUGGAUAUACACUUAAGACAGAUAAUGAAUCAAUAGCAGGCCUUUUAUGCGCGUUUUAUCCGUUUUACCCCACAUCAUCUACAGACAAUCAUCAGCAUCUUCAAUCUUUUCGACACUUUUGGACCUUUGCUCUCGAUUCCAGGUGGCUUACACCAUUUGAUGUUGAUGAACAAAAACCGUGCCAUGUUCCAAUAGUUCUCACAGUAACCGGUGAUAAUUUAAUUGACGAAAAAACUGAUAUUCUACCAAAGGAAAUUCAAAUGGUUGCACCCGUUGUGCUCCCCCCGCGCAAGUAUAUAUCCAAUAUUAAGCUUAAUAGUCCAGAAUAUUGGCCUCUUUGUAUCAAUGUUGAC